AGGCCGCAGAAAACGGUACGCCAGCCGCCCAGCCAAUCACCUCCACGCUCUCCCUCUCACCUGUGAUUCUCUUUACUUUUACCUUUGCGUCAGUGGCUGUCUAGGGCGUGAGGGGAGGGAUACACUGCGUCUCUGUCUCCCUGUAUCUCUCUAUCUCUCUGUGUGUGUGUGUGUGUGUGUAUAAGAUCCGUGUGUUAUGUGCUGCGAGUGCUGGAGAUGACGAUGGAAGCUGGAGGAGAUAGAGAAGGAGGAGGAGGAGAUGGAGGGAGACUACAACUACUGCUGCUGUCUGUUCUGCUAGCCACCACCACCACCAGCGCCGCCUCCCCCGUUCUCUACACCACGUUCUCCUGGGGGGGCCUACGGGGGAACAUCACCUUCUCCUGGGGCGGCCCGGGGUCCAUGGUGCGGGUGGAGGCAGGGGUGGAAUUGACAACCCCUGGGGGAGAGCUCUCUGACCCCGUGGAGCUGGACUGGGGCGUGCACGAGUUCCCUGUGAGAUAUGAUACGGGGAAACGCUGUGGCCUGGGGGAGGUGGGCGCCAGGCGCUGGGACCUCUCUCGACUCCUUGGCAAACUGGUCGUCCCUCAAGUUAACGGGAGCCAGGUGUUCGAAACCGAUGAGGUGGAGGUGGUGGGGGCCGCGGGUGUGUGGGGGCGCUCCCUUCGUGUCACCGGGGGGGGCCACACCGCCUGCUCCAACCUGCAUGGCGUGGGCGGCGAGCGGACAUACGAGGCCCGCUUCAACACCCCAGUGGGCGGGUCGGUGUGGGUUCGGACGUGGGCGUGGGACGUGGGUGAGGGGAACGCCUCCAGCACGGGCCAACUGAGCACCGUGUUCACCGACCUCUUCCACACCGCUGCCGACGACCCUGCCACCGGCGACCACAACUGGGCGCUCUUCCUCACGGACAUCCUGGACGUCAAGGAGCACCGGUCGUCAUGUAACUUCUUGAGCCGCGUGUACGACCCCGCGGGCAGGGAGAAGUGCGGCCCCGGGGGUGAGGACUGCCCCAUGGGAGAUCUCACGUCUGCUUUCGGCUCGCUCAGGGUGGCAGCAGCGAGGUCAAGAUUCUCCCGCAAGAUCCACUCCUCAACCACCCUCGUCCUCCCUGACUUAACUGGACCUCGACAGAUCUACUUAGCUAUCAUGGGCGCCUUACACCCUGAUCACUUGUGGGCGUGCGCUAAGCUACGCCCGGUCCGCCCCAGGGAGGUACGGGCCGUGUUCAAUGCCCAGGGGGUGACUGGCCACGUGGGGCUUCACCAGGAAUCUGUUUUCACCCCCACGGAUGUCACCCUAGCGUUGUCCGGCCUCAGGGGUCUCGCCGGGGGGUUCCAUGUCCACGAGCUCCCAGCGCCCCCACCUCGUCACCCGGGGGAGAACCACUGUGCGAGGACCAAGGGGCAUUAUAACCCAUACUCCGUGGACCCUGAGACAUCCCCGGAGGCUGGUCUGGGGGCACAUGACCACUAUGAACUUGGGGACCUUAGCGGGAAACACGGUCAGCUCCUGGGACUUGAAGACGCCGAUGCAACAGUCACGGACCACAACCUUCCACUCUUCGGCCCGCGGUCCGUCGUAGCGAGGAGUCUAGUGAUACACGACGCCGCUGGGCCACGAUGGGUCUGCGCUAACCUACGACCAACGACCUCUCAACUCCGAGCAUCAGUGACCUUCCGAUACCCGCUGGUCGGGGAUAUAAUCUUCGAGCAGGACGCCGACGAUCCCCUUGCGGACACGACCAUCUUAGUGACCAAGCUUGUGUAUUCGGAUGGCAGUCGGAAUAGCACCGGGGAACAUCGCUGGCAGGUUCACGAUGAUCCGCCGGGGAGGGAUUUCUAUAACUGGACCAUGCGGUGUGUCAGUGCGGGCCCCAGAUACAACCCUUAUAAGGUCAGCACAGACAAGAAACAGUACCAAGGCUGCGGCGUGGACAACCCAGCCAGGUGUGAACUCGGGGACCUCUCGGCGAGACACGGCGCACUCAGAAUCUCCGGCACGGUAAAGGGAGCGGCGGAUACCCAGAUGCUACUGACGGACACGAACUUACCUCUGUCCGGCCCUCACUCCAUCCUCGCCCAUUCCAUUGUGAUCCACGAUGACCACGCACCCAAGCACAGAGGGGAUAGAAUGGCCUGCAUGGGCAUCCACCGCGUCUUCCGUCACAAGGGCGUGGUCAGCAAAUGGCAGGCGACGAGGGGGGCAGGUCAGGUCGAGGGCAAGCUAGAGUUCAUACAAGAAUCUGAGUUCGAUAUAACGCAAACUGAAGUGGAAUUGCGGGGCUUGGAGGCGACGGCAGCGGGCUAUCACGUGCAUAUGGUCCCAGUCGAAAGCGAGCUAGAAUUCCCUUGCGCCGGUUCUACCACCCUCGGUCACUACAACCCCCUCAACGUGACCCCCGCGCUGUCCCCGCCGCCCACGCAAGGCACCCAUGACCAGUACGAGAUGGGUGACCUCGCGGGCAAGUACGGGGGCCUCUCUGACCUGACCUGGCUGCACAAGACCUAUAAUGACAGCAACCUGCAGCUCUUCGGGUCAACCUCCAUCAUGGGUCGCUCCGUCGUCAUUCAUAAGAGGAAGGACAAUGCAAGGUGGUUCUGUGGCAGCAUAGGGUGGGGCUACUCCCCCUCCGAGGCCCGCCAGGUGUCCGCGAUCGCCUCCUUCCACAACCCCAACGGCUACGCGGAGGGCUACGUCAGGAUGCGUCAGUUGGUGUACAUGGACGGCUCCUUCGGCGAGACGUUUAUCGAGGUCAAUCUCAAACACCCGGGAAAGAACAACAGGAACGUGACGCGGCGUCACAACUGGUCCGUGUACGUGAACCCCGUGGGCGUGGACGCGGGGGUCAAGUUCUUCCAGUCUCGGUGCGUGGCGGCCGGGUACCGCUGGAACCCCUACCUCAUCCACCUCGCCUUCCCCAACGACCGUGACUACUACGAGAGGGAGUGUGGGCCGGACGUCCCCCUGCGGUGUGAUGUCGGGGACCUCUCGGGCAGGCUGGGCACCAUAGACGUCGGGGACAAGAGAUUCGUGUUCGUGGACCGCAACUUGCCCCUGUCUGGUCCACACGGGGUCAUGAACCGGGCCAUCGUCAUCCACAAGGAGAACGCGGGCGUGGAGCGGUUCGCUUGCGCCAAUAUACAACCUGACGACGACAUCAUCAAGUGGGUCAUCGUCAGGAAGGCGCCAAAGUUCUCCGUGCCCAACUUCAUGGCUGACGUGCGUGAGGUUCUCGGGGCGCCCAGGUGGUACCUCGCGGCGGACCUCCAGACCGUGACCCUGUCCAGCGACCAGCAGUGCGUCACUUUCGUCGUGCACUUCAUGGGUCCCAGCGCGGGUCAGCUGGAGCUGGACUUCUCUCGCCUCCUGGCUGGCGGCAUCCUGACCCACCCCACCAUCUCCAUCAGGGGCGUGUACUCGGACCCUGACAGACCCACGAAGGUGCCCUACCGAUCGUGUGGAGGCCUGGAGGAGGAGCAGCUGCUGGAGGAAUUCGAUAAAGCCAAUUCUCUGUGGAAGCUUCUGGGAGGAGAUGAUGGAACAGGGGGUGCCGCUCCCCUCCCCACCUCCCCACUCCUCUCCCUCCUCCUCCUUCCCCUCCUCCUCCUCUUCCUCCCCACCCUUCAUAAUCUUGACUAAUGUUCUUCCUCCGCCUCCUUUUUUGUGAGAGAGAGAGAGAGAGAGAGAGAGAGAGAAUGAAACUGCGAAUCCAACACACUGAACCGCUCACUGAACUUCUCUCUCUCUCUCUCUCUCUCUCUCUCUCUCUCUCUCUCUCUCUCUGAAAACAAACAAAAUCAUAUAUAUAUAGAAAAAGAGAUAGAUAGAUAGAGAGAAAUCUCCUCCUCCUCCUCCUCCUCCUCCUCUUCCUCCUCCUCCUCUUCUUCCUCUCCCAUCCUAUCCCUUCCCUCCCUUGCAAAUGGCGGCCUCAAUCAACACUCAACGGCCCACCUUCGUCAGAUUUUCCCUUAUUCUUGGCCCUCCCGGAGCUCCCUGACGGUUGACCUUUGACCUGACGGCGCACGGAACAUCGGGGCGCCUGCAGCUGCGUGGAAGAGAAGAAGAAGGGAAUGGAUAUCAAGAGAAUGGAUGAAGAAGAGAGAGAGAGAGAGAGAGAGAGAGAGAGAGAGAGAGAGAACUUCCACUGCCCCCCCCCUCUCUCUCUAAGGCACCUAUUAAAUUGUAAAUAGAAGUCUAAAUAAAUAUAUCUACUGUAUGGAAUGAUUAUAUUAAAGACCUCCUACGACUACAACUACUACUACUACCACCACCACCACCACCACCACCAUUUCUACUAUUAAACAAUGACCAUGAGAGGGAGGUGUGUGUGUGUGUGUGAGGGAGAGGAAAGGGAGGAAAAAAAAGAACUUACAUACUUUUAUCUCUCUCUCCUUCUUCCUUCUCUCCUGUUCAUUCACAUGCUAUCUAUUCUUCCUUUCCUUUCUUCCAUUCUCUCUCUCUCUCUCUCUCUCUCUCUCUCUCUCUCUCUCUCUCUCUCUCUCUCUCUCUCUCUCUCUCU